AUGUCUAGAGCAUCGCAACUACCCUCACCACCACCAUACAGUACCCCACACACGAGCGUACCAGCAUCAUUCACAGUAUCAGGAGCAGACACCGGUAAGAAUGCCAGUACUCAAAGAUGUAUUACCACACCGCUGACAAGCUCGCAGAAGGCCCUGAUGGCAGCCUCGACGUCACCGUCCUUCUUCCAGCCCUUCGUCUUGGCUUCACCAGGCAAUUCAGGGCAGCUCCCUGAAAUUUUGACUGGGCUGGCAGCCUACAUUGACAUGCCACACCGCUCGCCGUUGGUCCCACGACGCACGUCACAGUGGCGUGCAUCGAUGCCAGCACUAUUCGAUAUAGUCACUGGGUCUUUAGUUAGAGCCGUUCGUCAAGACACCUGUGGCGGUAGCCUUCCAAGCUCGACCUACCAAUACGGCUGGUGUGUAGCAAGAGCAAAGAGUAUUGCAACAUGUGCGUUCGCACUCACAAAGCCGAUGCCGAUCUGA